AACAGAUGAGCAAACGAAAACACGUCUCCCCAAACAACCUUCAAGUUACCCCAAGCGAAAUGUCACCACCACCACCUCGUAAAUCAUCCCCUCUGCCUUUCUUCAAGCAAAUAACGUACCAACUCCCGCAUGCGCACACCCACACAUCCAAAUUCUACCCGCGCCCACUCGCUUCGCGCCCAACUUCGCAUUCAGAGAUACUGGUUGUUGGCCAUGAGUCCGGAAUCAAGAUCUUGUGGCGCGCGCCGCCGAAACUAGAGGAGGAUGGAGACGAGGCGAUGGCUUUAGACGAUCACCAGCAGCAGUCUGGAGAGGCGCAGGAUGAGCUUGAGGAAGGAGCGUUUGCUUGUGAAUACACAAUUCACCUGGGCACUUCCGUGAACUCCAUUUCUUUCCCACCGGCCUCGAUCUUGCCUACCGAAGGGCCAACUGAGGACAUCGACGAUCGGGAGAAUGAGCUUGAGUUUAUUGCGGAAAAGCUAUUAUACAGGAAUAUGCUGAUUGUAGCGGCCUGCGGUGACCGUACGAUUCGUCUUAUUACGCUGCCACUCGCGCCCCCUUCCUCUUCUUACGAGAGACGCGAGCAUAUUGUUGUUUUAGGUGGUGGGGUAUCUGGCCACCGUGAGCCUGCCGAAUGUGUGUCCUUGUCUGUUCUCCCAACGCCUUCCGAUGAAUUUAACUUCGCCCACCCGGACUCUGAUGAUGUAUCUUACGAUUCGCGGCUCUCGGAUAAGCCUGGUGGCUACGAUGUUGUCAUCGCUUCUUCAUCAGUAGACACCAGUGGUGUUCUUCUGCUCUGGCGCAUAUCCGUUCUUCCUCCGGUACGCGGCUCUCUGGCCCCCGUUAGCUUUAGGCCGACAUCACGACCGACUACGAUGUUCUUACAAUCGCCAAUUACUUCCCUUGCUUUCAGCACUUCAGCACACUCACUACUUCGCAAACAUCACUUACUUCUCUCGGACCGGAAAGGCGCUGUUAGGAUCCUGGAUACAAGGACCAAGACAUGGCUAUGUAGCUUUUACACACAAUAUUCCCAGGUUACCGAGCGACGGAAAAAGGUUCUAGGGGCGGAGUGGUGCACUGGAGGACGGAGUGUGGUGGUGCUCUGUGAGGACGGUGAAUGGGGGAUCUGGGACUUGGAAGGCGUAUUAUCUGGUGGACAGGAGACCGGUUCCGUCGUCACAGGCUUCAUUGUCGGAGGUAUGGUCGGAGAGACCUGGUAUAAUAACAACAAAAAAUCAGGUCACGGAAAUCACGACGAGAGCGUCAGCGAGGUUAGCGGCCGCAGUCCCUCUCUCAGAGCUUCGUCUGUCGCCUCGGGGGGUGCAAGCAUAACUAGCCGACGUCGCUGCAGCGGAUCCCUAAAGCCUGAGGAGAGGAUUGGCCUGAAGGGACUAUUAUGUGUCGCGCCAGUUGGCGCAAGUAACUUCUUCUCAAAUCAAGCUACGCUUGUUAAGGGCAGGUCUACAACGACAAUGGGAAGUCUUCAGAUCUACGACGAGAUCGUCACGAUGGUUUUCGGCAGUGUAAUCCUGAUUCUCCCCUCCUUGAAGAAAUUCUGGAAAGCCGAGGAAGUCAAGAUAAAGAAGCGGGCCGCGCAAAAUGUGAGCGCUGGAUCAGGCAGUUUUAAUAGUAUCGCAUGGAGCGGUGAGGAUGGAAAGGUUGAUAAGGAGUUUUUGGUUCUUGAAGGCUGGGAUACUAGGGGUGCUGAGGUCGGGGACUUGAGUGUGGUUACUGGGGAUGCAGAGCACAACAGGACUGCCCGGGUGCUCCUGGCGACUAGUUGCCGUCUCGUCCUUCUCGAUGUCGGGGAAUCCGGAAAUGGCAAGACGGAUGAGCAAUUGGAUGCGACUGCUAAACCUACUGAGGCCGGAGCUAAAAUUGCCGAGGGGAUGAAUCCAACCAGGAGAGGUGUUGUUGGCGGAAAGGGGAAGAGGAAAGUGGGAUUUAUGCAGGAGUCCCCGGCAUAAAGCUGUUGGCUGUAUUUCUUUCCUCUUGCUUGUGUUAUAUACUUGUUUCGGGUAUCAAGGGUUGUGCUUAGGUCUCAUCAAUUCUGCAAUGUAGUUUAGCGGCAUGUAUUCCGAAUGGUGGGCUUUCUCUGUCUUGUCCGGAGGCGAACAGUUCUCAGUAUCGUGGCAUGCUUGAGUAAAUUUCCGUUAUCCCUGUAACCCUGUGUAGGCUCUGAGAACUGUGAAAUGUCUUCCAUGAUAGGGGUCGAACCCGGGUGUUUGUAAGCAGAUGCUCGGGUGGGCGAUGGGUUCUGGCUAGAAAAAGUGUUCUAUGCAGGCUAUAAUGAUUGUAUGAUACAAGUAAGAAGAAUCUUAUAAGCGACUCCACUAUAGAUUGCCUGACUUAGUUCAGAGUUCUCGGCAAAUACACAAUUGUACUCGAGUAGAUA